ACACUGACUCACACACAUGUAUGUACAUCUAUUCAGGCUCUGGCUUUAAUACAAGUAUGUGGCUACCUGAACCAAGGAAUCGAAAUUACUGAGAUGCAAACUCCUCCAGCUCUGAAACUACUCUUUUUAUAGGGUCAUCCUGUCAUUCCUGCAAACACUAAUCAAUCAUGGGAUUUGAAGUUAAUACUACUAAAUAAAUGAAUUGCUUAAUCUCCUAUGACCAUCUAUACAUACUUCACCUUCACAAAGCUUAUAAAUUUUAUGUCAUCAAGGACAGAGUGACCUUCAUUUCCACAAAAUGCCUCUUAUUACUGGACAAGCUGGUUACAAAUUUAUCACUUAUCCACAGGAAGAGAGUCCUUCACCAUCAUCAUUUGACAAAUGCACGUCUGUGUUUUAUCAAUUGACCAGGUCAUACUGAAUUCCAGAACCAUAAUUGUGGAAUACUAUAUGGUCUCUUUCUUUUCUGAACAUUUGAGCUAAGAUGAAGGACAUGCAACUCAAAAUUAAUCUUCUACUUGGCCUAGUUAUCACUGCACUAGUACAAGCUGUAGAAAAAAAAGCAGACUGCCCAGAGUCAUGCAUAUGUGAGAUCAGACCAUGGUUCACCCCCAUGUCUGUGUACAUGGAGGCUCCAACAGUCGACUGUAAUGAUUUAGGCCUUCUUAAUUUUCCAGCCAGACUGCCUGCUGACACAAAAGUUCUACUUCUACAGACUAAUAAUAUUGCAAAAAUCGAACAUUCAGUAGACUUCCCAGUGAAUUUAACUGGUCUAGAUUUAUCUCAGAACAAUUUAUCUUCAGUGACCAGUAUUAAUCUUAGAAAGAUACCACAGUUGCUUUCAGUGUAUCUUGAAGAAAACAAACUUACUGAACUCCCUGAAGAAUGUCUCUCUGGACUCCACAAUUUACAAGAGCUUUAUAUUAAUCACAAUCUGCUUUCUGUGAUUGCACCGGGAGCUUUCAUAGGCCUCAAUAAUCUUCUAAGACUUCAUCUCAAUUCAAAUGGUCUGCAAAUGAUCAACAGGAAGUGGUUUGAAGCUACUCCUAAUCUUGAAAUUCUCAUGAUUGGAGAAAACCCAAUAAUCAGAAUCGAAGAUAUGAACUUUAAGCCUCUUAUCAAUCUGCGCAGCCUAGUUUUAGCAGGCAUAAAUCUCACUGAAAUACCAGAUAAUGCUUUGGCUGGCCUUGACAAUUUAGAAAGCAUCUCCUUUUAUGACAACAGAUUUGUCAGAGUGCCCCACAUUGCUCUUCAAAAAGCUACAAAUCUUAAAUUUCUGGAUCUAAAUAAGAAUCCCAUUAACAGAAUACGACGAGGAGAUUUUAGCAAUAUGCUGCACCUAAAAGAGUUAGGAAUUAAUAACAUGCCCGAACUGAUUUCUAUAGAUAGUCUUGCUGUUGAUAAUUUGCCAGAUUUAAGAAAAAUAGAAGCUACCAAUAACCCCAGAUUGUCAUACAUUCAUCCAAAUGCAUUCUACAGACUUCCCAAGCUGGAAUCACUCAUGCUCAACAGCAACGCGCUGAGUGCCCUGUACCGCAGUACAAUAGAAUCCUUGCCUAACCUCAAAGAAGUUAGUAUACACAGCAAUCCCAUUAGAUGUGAUUGUGUCAUCCGCUGGAUUAACAUGAAUAAAACAAACAUUCGCUUCAUGGAGCCAGAGUCCCUGUUUUGUGUAGACCCUCCUGAAUUCCAAGGCCAGAAUGUGAGACAGAUACACUUCCGGGAAAUGAUGGAAAUCUGUCUCCCCCUGAUAGCUCCUGAAAGUUUUCCAUCUACUCUGGAUUUAAAAACUGGUAGUCAUAUUUCCUUGCACUGCAGAGCAACAGCAGAACCAGAACCUGAAAUCUACUGGAUAACACCAUCAGGACACAAACUUCUGCCUAAUACUAUUUCUAAUAAAUACUACAUUCAUUCUGAAGGAACAUUAGACAUAAGUGAUGUAACACACAAAGAAAGUGGCUUAUAUACAUGUAUAGCCACAAAUUUAGUUGGGGCAGACCUAAAGUCAGUCAUGAUUAAAGUGAUAAAAUCUAAUUCUGUUUUGGUUUCAUGGAAAGCAAGUACUAAAAUUCUGAAGUCCAGUGUUAGAUGGACAGCAUUUCUGAAAGCCGAAAACUCUCACGCUGCACAGAGCGCUCGAAUACCAUCUGAUAUAAAGGUAUAUAAUCUGACACGUCUAAAUCCAUCAACUGAGUACAAAAUUUGUAUAGAUAUUCCCACUAUCUAUUCACAGAAUAAGAAACAAUGUGUCAACGUAACCACAAAAGGACUGGACUUGGCAGUGAAAGCCUAUGAAAAGAACAACAUAAUAGGACUCCUUGCCUGCCUUGGUGCUCUUUUGGGAAUCAUUUCUGUGGUAUAUCUCUACAGCUGCAUCUCACGAGAGAUGAACUAUGAUGCUGGACACAACUAUCUAAAGAACUACCUGAAGAAACAAUCCUUUUCAGUCAAUGAGUUUUAUCCUCCUCUAAUCGGUCUUUGGGACAUGGGCAAAGAAAAAAGCACAGUAAUGGAAGUAAAAGGAACUGUAAUAGGUGUACCAACCAAUAUGUCAUAAAAUGUCAGUGUAACACUUAAUUUCUGAAUUAAAAGCACAUGACUGCAUUUGUGCUGAACAAAAAGGCAAAAAGAAAAAGUAUUUCUUUUACGAACUAGAUGCCUGAACUUUGCUGCUGCUGACAAAUGGAAAUAUCUACCGACUCAGCAUAAAAGAAGAAUUUUAACUAACUGGCUUCUAAGGGUAUUCUACCAACCAAAUACAAUUAACUUCAUUUUCUAGAACUUUCACGGGACUUUUAAGUCUGGAAUUCAGUGCAAGUAGCCAAGAACAUUUUCUGUAUUUUUUUUAUUAUUAUUAUAUAAAAAUAGUGGAACUGAGCGAUACCUCCUCCUGUGCUGUAUUACACACACUAGCCACGAGUUUUUGCAGUGAACAGAUAUACUAGGAUUGACACAUGAUGUAAUGAAAUGGACAAAUUCUGUAGAGUAGACACAGUGAGUAUGUGAAUUUUUUUUAUGAGGAAAAUACAUUUUUGAUUAAAACCAAAAUA